AUGUCGGACGCUGCUCCAGUCGCCGCUGCCCCUGCCGCCAGCACGCCUUCCAAGAAGACCAAGGUACUUUUUGACCUCAAUUCUGGAAUUUUUCUGCAUUUUAACUCAACUUCGAGAUUAUCCCGACUUCAAUUUUAAUUUCAUUAUUUUUCAGGCUGAGAAGCCAAAGAAGGCCAAGACCGCCGCCGCUGCUCCAGCUCACCCACCAUACAACAGCAUGGUCAAGGCCGCCAUCAAGUCUCUGAAGGAACGCAAGGGAGCCUCCAAGCAGGCUAUCCUCAAGUACAUCAGCCAAAACUACAAACUCGGCGAGAACGUCGCUUCGGUUGGUUUUUUUUCUAUUGAAUAUUCAGAGUUUUUAUUGUCAAUGACAAAAAUUUUAAAAGUUUGAUAAAUUUUCUAAAUUACAUUAUUUUCCAGAUCAACAGCCACCUCCGAUCGGCUCUCAAGCGUGGUGUCUCCAGCGGAGCUCUGACUCAGGCCGCCGGCACUGGAGCUUCUGGCCGCUUCAAGCUCGCCUCCGAUGUUCCAUCCACCGUCAAGCCAAAGAAGGCCCCGACUGCCGCCAAGCCCAAGGCUCUCACCAAGUCGCCCAAGAAGCCGAAGGCCAAGGCUGCCGCCAAGCCAAAAGCUAAGGCUGCUUCCAGCCCCAAGAAGGCCGUUGCUGAAAAGAAAAAGGCUGCUCCCGUUCCUAAGGUGAUUUUUAACAUCAAUUCAAGUUAUUGAACCAAAAAAAUGGUUUCAUAGCUUCAAUAUUUAAAUAAUUAUCUGGAAUUAAUCAUAUCCUAUUUCCAGGUCGCCAAGUCCGCAGUGAAGAAGGCCACGACCAAGUCACCUGCCAAGCCCAAGGCCGCCAAGAAAUCCCCGACCAAGAAGGCAGCGCCCAAAGCUAAAGCCGCCAAGGCCUCCGCGUAA